CCUACCUGUGUUUACAAUGACGGUAGCAUAGGUAUUUACUUGUGAUAGGUACAAUAAAAGUGCAAGUAAAUAGUGUAACGUGCUUUUGCCUCAUUUACACAGAUUACUUCUUAGAAUAGAUCAUAAUAAAAAAAGUAUAUUCUUAAAUGGCUGAGGUAGAUAAUAUAGUGGUUGAAGGUGUUGAUGCCAUGACUUUAAAUGACAAUGAAAAGGAUGACGAUUUUGUAGAUCCGUGGAAUGUAACAAGCCAAAAUGAUACUGGUGUAGAUUAUGACAAAUUGAUAAAGCGCUUUGGGUCGUCUAAAAUUGAUAAUGAACUAAUAGAGCGUUUUGAAAAAAUUACGGGAAAGAAAGCCCAUUAUCUGAUCAGACGUGGCAUAUUUUUUUCUCAUCGAGAUAUGCACACAAUUCUCACAUUGAAGGAACAAGGUAAACCAUUUUACUUAUACACUGGACGUGGUCCCUCAUCAGAUUCUUUGCAUUUGGGUCAUUUAAUUCCUUUCAUUAUGACAAAAUGGUUACAAGAAACAUUCGACGUUCCUCUUGUUAUCCAGUUAACGGAUGAUGAAAAAGUUUUGUGGAAAGAUUUGAAAAUAGAAGCUGCUAUGAAAUUAGCUCGUGAAAAUGCUAAAGAUAUAAUUGCAAUGGGAUUUGAUUUAAACAAAACUUUCAUUUUUUCUAAUUUGGACUUCAUGGGAAAAUGUCCGGAAAUGUAUCAAAACAUAAUACGAAUUCAAAAAUGUGUAACCUUUAAUCAAGUUAAAGGUAUUUUUGGUUUUGGAGAUUCAGAUGUUAUAGGAAAAAUUGGUUUUCCUGCUGCUCAAGCCGCGCCCGCAUUUUCUACUACAUUCCCUUUCAUUUUUGGGAAUAAGAAGGUUCAUGUUCUCAUUCCAUGCGCUAUAGACCAGGAUCCGUAUUUUAGAAUGACUAGAGAUUGUGCACCACGUUUAGGCUUCCCAAAACCAGCUUUAAUCCAUUCAGCCUUUUUUCCGGCUUUGCAAGGAGCAAAAUCAAAAAUGUCUGCUAGUGAUCAAAAUUCAGCAAUAUUCCUGACUGAUACUCCAAAACAAAUAAAAAAUAAGAUCAAUAAAUAUGCAUUUUCUGGAGGUAAAGCUACAGUAGAAGAACAUAGAUCUCAAGGAGGAAAUCCUGAUGUUGAUGUAGCUUAUCAACUUUUAAAAUUUUUCUUAGAAGAUGACGAAAAAUUAGAACAAACGAGAUUAGCAUAUUCAAAAGGUGAAAUGUUAACUGGUGAAAUAAAAAAAUUAGCCAUUGAAAUUUUAACGCCUGUCGUGGAAGAGCAUCAAAAACGUAGAAAAGAAGUUACAGAUGAUGUACUAGAUCAAUUCAUGGUGUUAAGAAAAUUACAAUUUGCUGCUUAAUACAUAAAUAUUGAAAUAUUUAGAAAAAAAAAACGACAAAAGUUUCCUAAUUGGUAAAUCCUUUACUCUGAAUUGAUUUUUUUUAUAUAUACUUAAGACACAAAGUAUUUCACUGCUACGCUAAAAGUUUCUUAUUUAUUAUGGCAUUUAAUUUAUUACAAACAUGAGCAAUAAUAAAAUCCAAUAAACAAUA